AUGGCGGCAACAUCCAUUUCUCGCAUUUCACUUCUUCAACCAAACCCAUCUCUUUCUCUCAUACCCAAUCAAUCUCCUCAGCCUCUCAUAAACCACAAAAAACUUCCCUCAAAUUUCCGUUUUGAGGCGAAGAGGGCAAAAUGGGUUGUGCUGAAAGCGUCUUCAUCAGGUGUAUUGGAAGUCAAUUCGAAGCAAAGUGUUUCAGUUGAAAAAUCCAAUGAUCCAAUUGUUGUUAUUGAUAACUAUGAUAGCUUUACCUAUAAUCUUUGCCAGUAUAUGGGCGAGUUAGGAGUUCACUUUGAGGUCUACCGAAAUGACGAGUUAACGGUGGAGGAGUUGAAAAGAAAAAAUCCAAGAGGAGUGCUGAUUUCACCCGGGCCAGGAACACCUCAAGAUUCAGGCAUAUCUUUGCAAACAGUUUUGGAGCUUGGACCAACUGUACCUGUGUUUGGUGUAUGCAUGGGAUUGCAGUGCAUGGGAGAGGCUUUUGGCGGGAAAAUUGUUCGUUCUCCUUAUGGUGUGAUGCAUGGAAAAAGUUCUCUGGUUUAUUAUGACGAGAAAGGAGAAGAUGGAUCACUUGCUGGACUACCAAAUCCUUUCUUGGCUGGAAGAUAUCACAGCCUUGUAAUUGAAAAGGAGAGCUUUCCUCAUGAUGAACUUGAGGUAACUGCAUGGACUGAAGAUGGUCUCAUAAUGGCUGUUCGCCACAAGAAAUAUCGGCAUAUGCAGGGUGUUCAGUUUCAUCCAGAGAGCAUAAUAACCCCUGAGGGCAAGACGAUCGUCCGCAACUUUGUGAAGCUUAUAGAGAAAAAGAAAGCCAGUAGUUCUUGA